GGCUUCUCGGAGCUGUGCAGCUAUACAUGGGAAGCUGUUGAUAUCGAAAGUAACAUACUUUAUAAAAUAAAUGUCUGCGGAAAUGUGCCUGUUUCCCAGUGUGGGCAAUCAAGUGCUAUUUGUAUGUAUAACUGGAAGAAAAAGACCUAUCUUUCAGUGGGUGACUCUCUUUUGAAAAGUGGAACCAGAUCUCUUCUGGAAUUCAACACCACAGUGAGCUGUGGGCAACCGGGCACAAAUCACAAAGUCCAGAGUAGUAUCACCUUCCUGUGCGGGAAAACCCUGGGGACUCCGGAGUUUGUUACUGCAACAGCAUGUGUGCAUUACUUCGAGUGGAGGACUUCAGCAGCCUGCAGGAAAGACACCUUUAAAGCCAUUAAAGAGGUGCCCUGCUAUGUGUUUGAUAAGGAGUUCAAGAAGCAUGAUCUAAACCCGCUGAUGAAGAGCAGCGGGGCCUACCUGGUGGACGACUCGGACCCCGACACCUCUCUCUACAUCAAUGUGUGCAGAGACAUAGAUUCCCUGCGUGACCCCAACCUGCAGUUGCGUGCCUGUCCCCGAGGGACUGCCGCCUGCCUGGUGAAAGGGGACCAGGUGUUCGACGUGGGCCAGCCGAAGGAGGGCCUGAAGCUCCUGGGCAAGGACAGGCUGGUCCUGAGUUACGUGAAGGAAGGGGCAGCCAAGCCGAGCUUCUGUGAUGGUCACAGCCCUGCAGUCACUGUCACUUUUGUGUGCCCCUCAGAACGGAGAGAGGGCACCAUCCCUAAGCUCACUGCCAAGUCCAACUGCCGCUACGAGGUGGAGUGGAUCACCGAGUACGCCUGCCACAGGGAUUACUUGGAGAGCAGAACCUGUGCCCUGAACAGCGACCAGCAUGACAUCGCCAUUGACCUUACCCCGUUGGCACAGAACAGAUCGUCCUCCUCGCCCUACACCUCCGAAGGAAAGGAGUACACUUUCUACUUGGAUGUCUGUAGCGACACGGAGCCGCACAUCUGCAACAAGAAAGGGGCUGCCGUGUGCCAGCUGAAGAAGGGGGAGCCCCCACAAACUAAAGUGGCAGGAAAAUACCAGAACCAGAUCCUCCGGUACUCAGACGCAGACCUCACCUUAAUCUAUUUUGGAGGGGACGAAUGCAGCUCAGGCUUUCAGCGAAUGAGCAUCAUAAACUUUGAAUGCAAUAAAACCGCAGCAAACAAUGGGAGAGGCAGCCCGGUGUUCACGGGGGAGAUAGACUGCACAUACUUCUUCACCUGGGAGACCAAGUACGCCUGCGUCAAGGAGAAGGAGGACCUGCUGUGUGGCUUCAGUGACGAGAAGAAGCGCUAUGACCUGUCCCCUCUGGCGAGACACUCGGUGCGGGAACAGAACUGGGAAGCUGUGGACGGCAGCCGGGCAGACAUGGAGAAGAAACAUUUCUUCAUGAACGUCUGCCACCGCGUGCUGCAGGAGGGCCGGGCAAGAAACUGCCCCAAAGACGCUGCUGUUUGCUCUGUAGAUAAGAAUGGAAGAAGUAAAAACUUGGGGAAAUUUCUAAGUUCACCCACAAAAGAGAAAGGAAACAUUGUACUCUCUUACUCAGAGGGCGACGACUGUUACCACGGGAAGAAAAUAAUAACGAACAUCACACUUGUGUGCAAGCCAGGUGACUUCGAAAGCGCCCCAGUGCUGAUUGGUUUUGGGGAUAGCGGUUGCUUCUACGAGUUUGAGUGGCGGACUGCCGCGGCCUGUGUGCUGGCCAAGACAGAGGGCGAGAACUGCACGGUGGUCGACUCGCAGGCCGGGUUUUCUUUUGACUUGUCGCCUCUCAUGCGGAAAAAUGAUGCCUAUACCGUGGAAACCGAGAAGUACAAGUUUUACUUAAAUGUGUGUGGUCCGGUGACCAUGGACUCCUGUGAUCUAAACUCGGGGGCAUGUCAGGUCUCAAAAAGUGACAAGAAGUCCUGGAACCUGGGCCUGAGCAACGCCAAGCUCUCGUAUUAUGAUGGCAUGAUCCAGCUCAGCUACAAAGAUGGCACACCCUACAAUAACGAGAAGCACACGCCCAGAGCGACCCUGAUCACUUUUCUCUGUGACAGAGACGCUGGAAUAGGCAUCCCUGAGUACCAGGAGGAGGACGACGCCACCUAUAACUUCCGGUGGUACACCAGCUACGCCUGCCCUGAGGAGCCCCUGGAGUGUGCCGUGACAGACCCCUUCACCAUGGAGCAGUACGACCUCUCCAGCCUGGCAAAGCCCGAAGGCAGCCCCAGCGGCAACUGGUUCGCCAUGGACAACACUGGGGACCGGUCCACCUGGAGGAAGUACUACAUCAACGUCUGUCGGCCCCUGAACCCGGUGCCAGGCUGCGACCACUUUGCCUCCUCCUGUGAGAUGAAGUACAAGCGUCAGCAAGGGGUGUCUUCUGAGGUCAUCUCCAACAGCAACCUGGGCCUGGCCCUGUCGAGCCCCAUGAUCGAGGACAGGGGUAGCCUUCUCCUGGAGUACGUGAAUGGCUCGGCGUGCAGGACCAGCGACGGCCAGGAGACCACCUACACCACUCGGAUCCACCUCAUCUGCUCGCCCGGCAGCCUGAAUACCCAUCCCAUCUUUUCUCUCAAUUGGGAGUGUGUGGUCACUUUCCUGUGGAACACAGAGGCUGCCUGCCCUGUCCAGAUAGCCACAGACACAGACCAGGCUUGCUCCAUAAAGGACCCUAACAGUGGCUUUGCAUUCAACCUCAACCCUCUCAACAGUUCUCAGGGCUACAUGGUCACUGCUAUCGGCAAGACCUUCAUGCUGAACGUGUGUGGGGCCAUGCCCAUCUGUGGGACCGUUGACGGGAAGCCAGCAUCUGGCUGUGAGGCAGAGACCCAGACAGAUGACCCGAAGAACCUGAAGCCGAAAAGGCUUGUGGGAGGUGAGAAGAGCCUCCAGUUGUCCACCGAAGGCUUCAUCACGCUGACCUACAAGGGACUGCUCCCCCCCACCGGAGGCACCACAGACGCCUUUGUCAUCCGCUUUGUGUGUAACGACGACAUCUACCCCGGAGCCCCCAGGUUCCUGCACCAGGACAUCAACGCGGGGCUCGGGAUCCACGACACCUACUUCGAGUUCGAGACCGCCCUGGCCUGUGUGCCUUCCCCAGUGGAUUGCCAAGUCACUGACCUUGCUGGAAACGAGUACGACCUGAGUGGCCUGAGCAAAGUCAAGAAGCCCUGGACUGCUGUGGACACCUCCGAGGAUGGGAAAAGGAGGAGCUUCUACCUGAGCGUCUGCAAUCCCCUGCCUUUCAUUCCCGGCUGCCAGGGAAGCUCAAUGGGUGCUUGCUUAAUAUCGGAUGACAACAGCUGGAACCUGGGGGUGGUGCAGAUGAGCCCUCAGGCCAUGGCCAACGGGACCCUGAGCAUCGUGUACGUCAACGGAGACAAGUGUGGGAACCAGCGCUAUUCCACGAGGAUCAUCUUCGAGUGUGCCCAGACCUCGGGGUCCCCCGUAUUCCAGCUUCUGGACGACUGUGAGUACGUGUUUCUCUGGAGAACAGUGGAGGCCUGCCCUGUGGUCCGAGCAGAAGGGGACAACUGCCAGGUGAGAGACCCCAGGCACGGCAACCUGUAUGACCUGUCCCCGCUGGGCGUGAACGACACGGCUGUGCAAGCGGGCGACUACACCUACCACUUGCGCAUCUGUGGGAAGCUCUCCUCGGGCGUCUGCCCCACUCGAGACAGGACCAAGGCGGUCUCCUCGUGCCAGGAGAAGCCAGGACCACAGGGCUUCCAAAAGGUGGCAGGUCUUGUCUCCCAGAAGGUGAGCUAUGAAAACGGCAUGUUAAAGAUUAACUACACCGGAGGCGAGUCUUGCCACAAGGUGUACCAGCGGUCCACCACCAUCUACUUCUCCUGUGACCGCACCACCCAGAAGCCGGUGUUCCUGAAGGAGACGUCGGACUGUUCCUAUCUGUUCGAGUGGCGCACAGAGUACGCCUGCCCCCCCUACGAGAUGGCCGAGUGCUCCUUCAAGGAUGACCAAGGGAAUGUCUUCGACCUCUCGUCCCUGUCGAAGUACAGUGACAACUGGGAGGCAGUCACGAGGACAGGCUCCCCAGAACACUACCUCAUCAACAUCUGCAAGUCCCUGGCCCCGCAGGCUGGCAUUGAGCCGUGCCCCCUGGAAGCAGCCGCCUGCAUGCUGAAUGCCUCCAAGACGGUGAACCUUGGCCGCGUGAGGGACGGCCCUCGUUGGCAGGACGACUCAGUUGUCCUCACAUACGUGGAUGGGGACAUGUGUCCGGACCAGAUUCGGAAAAAGUCAACCACCAUUCGUUUAACCUGCAACAAAAACCAGCUGUCCUCCAGGCCCGUGUUCAUCAGCGCGGUGGAGGACUGCGAGUACACCUUUGCCUGGCCCACCCCUGCCGCGUGCCCUGUGAUGAACACCGUGCACGACAACUGCCAGGUCACCAACCCGGCCACAGGCCACCUGUUCGACCUGACCUCUCUAAACAGCAGAGUUGGUUACACGGCGGCCUACAGCGAGAAGGGGCUUGUCUACCUCAGUGUCUGCGGCGAGAACGAGAACUGUGCUCCUGGCGUGGCUGCCUGCUUCGGACAGACCAGGAUCAGUGUGGGCCGGGCCGGCCGCAGGCUCACCUACGCGGACCAGGUGCUGCAGCUGGUCUACGAGGACGGCUCCUCCUGCCCGUCCAAGCUGGGCCUGCGUUACAAGAGCGUCAUCAGCUUCGUGUGCCGCCCCGAGGUGGGGCCCACCAACCAGCCCAUGCUCAUCUCGCUCGACAAGCAGACCUGUACCCUCUUCUUCUCCUGGCACACGCCGCUGGCCUGCGAGCAGGUGAUGGAAUGCUCCGUGAAGAACGGCAGCUCCGUCAUCGACUUGGCCCCCCUGAUCCACCGCACGGGUGCUUACGAGGCCUAUGAUGAGAGCGAGGAUGACGAGGAGUCGGACACCAACCCCGACUUCUACAUCAACAUCUGCCAGCCACUGAACCCCAUCCACGGGGUGGCGUGCCCUGCCGGCGCAGCCGUCUGCAAAGUCCCUGUGGAAGGGGCGCCCAUAGACAUUGGCCGCAUCACGGGCCCGCCAAUCUUCAACCCCUCUGCGAACGAAGUGUACAUGAACUUCGAGAGCAGCACACCUUGCUUAGCAGACAGACACUUCAACUACACCUCCCUCAUUGCCUUUCACUGUAAGAGAGGCGUGAGCAUGGGCACCCCCAAGCUGCUGAGGACCAGCGAGUGUGACUUUGUGUUUGAGUGGGAGACGCCGCUCGUGUGCCCCGACGAGGUGCAGGUGGAGGGCUGCUCGCUGACAGACGAGCAGCUCUACUACAGCUUUAACCUGUCCAGCCUGUCCACCAGCACCUUCAAGGUAACACACAAGUCCCACGUGUACAGCGUGGGUGUGUGCACCGCAGCCGCGGGCCUGGACCAGGGCGGCUGCAAGGACGGGGGUGUCUGCCUGCUCUCCGCCAGCAAGGGCGCCUCCUUCGGGCGGCUGGCCUCCAUGCGGCUGGACUAUCGGCACCAGGACGAGGCCGUCAUCCUGAGCUACGUGAAUGGGGACACCUGCCCUCCAGAAACGGAAGAUGGCAAGCCGUGUAUCUUCCCCUUCAUCUUCAACGGGAAGAGCUACGAGGAGUGUGCCGUGGAGGUGAGGCCGAGGCCCUGGUGUGCCACCACCGACAACUAUGACCGGGACCACGAGUGGGGGUUCUGCAGGCACUCUAACAGCCACCGGACAUCGGAGAUCGUGUUCAAGUGCGAUGAAGAAGCCGACAUCGGGUGGCCCCAGGUCUCCAGCGAGGUGCGCGGGUGCGAGGUCACCUUCGAGUGGAAAACCAAAGUGGUCUGCCCUCCGAGAAAGAUGGAGUGCAAGUUUGUCCACAGCCACAAAACCUACGACCUGCGGCUGCUCUCCUCUCUCACAUCGUCCUGGCAGUUCGUGCACGAAGGCACCACGUACUACAUCAACCUGUGCCAGCACUUGAACAAAGGCCCCCCGGCCUGCUCCGACAGAGCCAGCGUCUGCAGGAAGACCGCCUCCGGGCAGGUCGAGACCCUGGGGCUGGUGCACACACAGAAGCUGGAUGUUGUGGAUGACAAGGUGAUCGUGACCUACUCAAAGGGUCACCAGUGUGGUGAAAACCGGACGGCGUCCGCUGUGAUCCAGAUGACGUGCUCCAAGACGGCCGGGAAGCCCGAGCUCAACAGGUUCGAUAUCGACAGCUGCACCCACUACUUCCGCUGGGACACGCGGGCCGCUUGCGCAGUGAAGCCCCAGGAGGUAGAGAUGGUGAACGGGACCUUCACCAAUCCCAACAAUGGCCAAAGCUUCAGCCUGGGGAACAUCUAUUUCAAACGCUUCAGCGCCUCUGGGGACAUAAGGCCCAGUGGGGACAAGUACCUGUACGAGAUCCAGCUCUCGACCCUCACCAACCCCACCAUCCCCUCCUGUUCCGGGGCCAUCAUAUGCCAGCUGAAGCCCAACGACCAGCAGUUCAGCAGGAAAGUGGGGAUCUCGGACAAAGCCAAGUACUAUAUUCAAGAUGGCGACCUGGAUGUCGUGUUUACCUCGCCCUCCACGUGCGGCAAAGACAAGGCCAAGUCUGUGUCCUCCACCAUCUUCUUCCACUGCGACCCCUCCGUGGAGGACGGGGUGCCCGAGUUCAGCCACGAGACCGCCGACUGCCAGUACCUCUUCUCCUGGUACACCUCAGCCGUGUGUCCACUCGGGAUGAACCUCGAUGACGAGAGCGCUGAUGAGAACAAGCAGCAGGGCCUCUCGGGGCGGAGCAAGGCUCUGGGCAUCGUGCUGAGCCUGCUGCUGGUGGCCCUGGUCGGCUGUCUGCUGGGCCUGCUAUUGUACAAGAAGGAGCAGAGGGCAGCGAUGAUGACGAAGCUCACCAACUGUUGCCGAAGAAGUUCCAACGUGUCUUACAAAUACUCGAAGGUCAAUAAGGAGGAGGAAGCUGAAGAAAAUGAGACUGAAUGGCUCAUGGAGGAGAUCCAGAUCCCGGUCCCCAGACCCGAGAAGGAUGAGCAGGAGAACGGGCACCUCACCCCCACAGCGGUGACCGCGGUGACGGCGGAUGCCCUCUCCUCCCUGCGCACGGACGACCAGGACAGCGAGGACGAGGUGCUGACCAUCCCAGAGGUGAAGGUGCACUCCACCCACGGGCCCAUGGCCGAGAGCUCCCUUCAGACCAGGAGCCCCCCAAAGAAGGCAGUCCAGGCCCCGGCCGGCAACUCGAUGGGCCCCCUUCCUGUGGAGAUGUCCAGGAAGAUGCACGCCCGGCCCGGAAACCCAGUCCGCCACGUGGCCUUCCACGACGACAGCGACGAGGACCUCCUCCGUGUCUGAAGCCCCGGUGCCUCCGAGAGAAAACGCCGCCUCGCUCGGCGCCUUGGCACAGUACCUCCAACCAAAUAAGACUUUUCCGCCACGAAGCUUUUUUCUCAGUUUUGCCUUUAACAAAAACGAUUUCAAAAGGGAAGAGUUUUUGUGAUGGGGGAGAGGGUCCUGAGGCCCGGCUCACAGCGGGUGCUCACGGUCAUUGGAACGCAGCUUUGCUCAGAUUGUCUACAGGGGGACCUCAGCCCGGGGCACCUGCCCCAGGCCGCUGCCCACGGGCGCGGCCGCGCUGGCCUCUGGGGCCAGUGGCUGCAUCUCAAAAACAGGGCUGUUUGAACAGGAGGCCCUUGCUGCUCUAGUCCUUAACGGGCUCUGACCAUUCUAGUUAGCAUCUUACAUCUCUCCCCCUAUUUAUUGAUUCUGACAAUUACUCAGGUUUGCGAUCAAGGAACACCCAUCCACCAGGCAGGAGCAGUGUCUCUUCUCCUUCGUGCCAGUGGGUCACCCACUGGCUCCUUCACUAGAUGGGGGUGCUUAGUGCCCUGGAAAGCCGAACACGGGGUCUGGGAUCUGGUCAACGGUUUAGUCCCUACGUUAGAAUACUCUAUACUCUCGUCUCUUUUUCUUCCCGCUUUCUGUUCCGAAGGGGGAGCCCCCGAGUGCACACGCGUGCACACACGUGCCCAAAGACCCGAGUGCCUGGCCUUUGGCAGCUCACCUUUCCUCUGCCUCUGCCGUCACCGGCGGCCGCUUUUUUGCAUGAUUGCCUCAGUGCUCGGCGGACAGAGCCCACGAGUCAGUGUUUUGUCCACCACCCACCCAGCGGCGGGUCUGUGCGUGGGCACAGAGUUGCUGUCAGACCGACACGCUAGCUUCUUCCAGAUUGGGGGUUCAGGUUCCCAUGGUACCAUCAUGACUGUGCUAGAUUUUAUUUUUUAAGACAAAGAAAGUGUUGAUCAACCAUCAGACCUAUCCAAGCCUUAAUUUGCACAGUGUGAUUUAGGGAGAUGGCAUGGGAGAGGGUGGACCUCACCUCACCCCCACGUGGCCCUGGCUCUAUAUUUGCUGGGAGGCCACGGUGGGACCCAGAGUGUGGCUAGGAUCGGUGGGAAGCUUCGGCGACCUCCCCCCUGGCGGCUGCUGGUUCCUUUAUUCAUGUUUAACCGGGGGAUUUUUAUGGGAAGGGAGUUCGCAUUAUAGAACUGUAUAUAAACUCAUAGUAUUCAUAUAUCUAGAGGCAAACCGCCUUCCAGAAUACCCUGGUUUGCACCCAGGGCUAUGGCUGGCUUUUUUUUUUUUUUUUAAAUUUAAACAUGAGUGUAUUUUUAAAAAGUUAUUUCUUUCUUCACUUUUUUUCCCAAUCAGUUUUACUGUAAUGAAAGUAUUCAACAAUUUCAAUAAAAAAAAUUAAUAAAUUA